AUUUGAUCUAAUCCUUGAUCAAAUCUGUUAAAAAAAACAAAACUCUUAUAUUCCCAAAUAAACCACAUCUGAUGAUCUGAAUCAGAUAGGCCCAUUCUUAUUCUGUCCAUUUCUGAACUUACCGAAAUGGGUCGGCCCAUCCAUCUUGUGCCGCCCAUCCUCGUCACCCCCGGAAGCUUCUCCGGCCUUCUCGGACCACACAAAACUCCCCCCACCUACCCAAGCACCAGGACACCGUGUGGUGACGAAGACGGUGGGAAGCCAAAGCUCUCUGGAACUACUCCGGCGAUCAUCGGAAGCACACGCACGAGGCCGCGGGACCUUCCGGAACCUUCGCGAGGAUGCUCACCAGGUUCUCGGCGUGGUUCGUGAACCCGCGCCGGAACCCGCUGGCGCGCCUCCACCGGAACGCCGUCGCCUCCCGCCUCCGCAAAUACGGGCUCCGGUACGACGACCUGUACGACCCGUACCACGAUCUGGACAUCAAGGAGGCGCUGGCGCGCCUGCCGCGGGAGGUGGUGGACGCGCGCAACCAGCGCCUGAAGCGGGCCAUGGACCUCUCCAUGAAGCACCAGUACCUCCCCGACGACCUCCAGGCAAUACAGACGCCAUUCAGAAGCUACCUUUCUGACAUGCUUGCUCUUGUGAAAAAGGAGAAUGCAGAGCGUGAAGCUCUGGGAGCACUUCCCCUGUACCAGAGAACCAUCCCAUAAUGUGCUUUCUUCAUUAUGAUCUAACAAUGAUCGCAAUAAAAUACAGCGAUGGUGCUAUAGUGUGUAUUAUGUUUAAUCAAAGACACUGCCAGCCCAAAACCCACUGUGUCAGCGCAAUGUAAUAGUUGACGGAGCCUUUGUGUAGUUGCGAAGUCCUGAACGAUUCAGUACGUUUUGUGAACUGGAAUAUUGUUUCUGAAGUCCGCUCGGUGCUACCGCUGCGGAGUAUAGUUUUGUGUCGAUCA